GCGCCUGCGCAGAGAGCGAUGCAAGUGGGGAGGGGGGCGGCCAAGGAGCAAACGAGCAAGGGAGGGUUUAUCGGGCGGCCGAUUUUGAUUAAAAUAUUCAAAAUGGCGGACGGAGGAGCAGCGAGUCAAGAUGAGAGUUCGGCGGCGGCGGUGGCGGCAGCAGACUCAAGAAUGAACACUCCGUCAGAAACCAGUAAACCUGUAAAAAUGGAGAGUGGUGAUGGAGACACAGGCACACAGACAAAUGGCCUGGACUUUCAGAAACAGACUGUGCCUGUCGCGGGGGCAAUAUCUACAGCCCAGGCCUUCCUUGGACACCUUCAUCAGGUUCAGCUCCCUGGAUCAAGUUUACAGGCUGCUGCCCAGUCCUUAAAUGUACAGUCUAAAUCUAAUGAAGAAUCCGGGGACAGUCAGCAGCCAAACCAGCCUUCCCAGCAGCCUUCAGUACAGGCAGCCAUACCCCAGACCCAGCUCAUGCUGGCCGGAGGACAGAUCACUGGGCUCACGUUAACGCCAGCCCAGCAGCAAUUAUUGCUACAACAGGCACAGGCACAGUUGCUGGCAGCUGCAGUGCAGCAUUCAGCCAGUCAGCAGCACAAUGCUGCAGGCGCCACCAUCUCAGCUUCUGCUGCAACGCCCAUGACACAGAUCCCUCUAUCUCAACCAAUACAAAUUGCACAGGAUUUGCAGCACCUGCAGCAGCUUCAGCAACAGAAUCUCAACCUGCAACAGUUUGUGUUGGUGCAUCCAACAACCAACUUGCAACCAGCACAGUUCAUCAUCUCACAAACGCCGCAGGGGCAGCAGGGUCUCCUGCAAGCGCAGAAUCUUUUAACGCAACUACCUCAGCAAAGCCAAGCCAACCUCCUGCAGUCUCAGCCAAGCAUCACUUUCACCUCUCAGCAGCCAGCAACCCCAACACGCACAAUAGCAGCGACCCCUAUUCAGCCACUUCCACAGAGCCAGUCAACACCAAAGCGAAUUGAUACCCCUAGCUUGGAAGAGCCCAGUGAUCUUGAGGAGCUUGAGCAAUUUGCCAAGACUUUCAAACAAAGACGGAUCAAACUUGGAUUCACUCAGGGUGAUGUUGGGCUCGCUAUGGGUAAACUCUAUGGAAAUGACUUCAGUCAAACUACUAUCUCUCGCUUUGAAGCCUUGAACCUCAGCUUUAAGAACAUGUGCAAGUUAAAACCACUUCUGGAAAAAUGGCUCAAUGAUGCAGAAAACCUUUCAUCUGAUUCAGCUCUCUCCAGCCCAAGUGCCCUAAAUUCCCCAGGGCUGGGGAUUGAAGGCUUGAACCGCAGGAGGAAGAAACGCACCAGCAUAGAGACCAACAUACGUGUGGCCUUAGAGAAGAGUUUCCUGGAGAACCAAAAGCCUACCUCGGAAGAGAUCACCAUGAUAGCUGAUCAGCUGAACAUGGAAAAAGAGGUGAUCCGCGUUUGGUUCUGUAACCGGCGCCAGAAGGAGAAAAGGAUUAACCCACCUAGUAGUGGUGGAACCAGCAGCUCGCCCAUCAAAGCAGUUUACCCUUGCCCAACUUCAUUGGUGGCAACCACGCCAAGCCUUGUCACAAGCAGUGCAGCUACAACCCUGACUGUCAACCCUGUGCUCCCGCUAACCAGUGCAGCUGUAACUAGUUUGGCAGUCACAGGCGCCACAGAAACUAUCCCCAACAACACAGCAACUGUGAUUUCUACAGCUCCCCCAGCUUCCUCAGCAGUGACAUCACCCUCUCUGAGUCCCUCUCCUUCUGCCUCCGCUUCCACUUCUGAGGCAUCUAGUGCCAGUGAGACCAGCACAACGCAGACAGCCUCCACCCCCAUGUCCUCAGCAAUUGGGACCAGCCAGGUGAUGGUAACUGCUUCUGGGUUACAAACAGCAGCAGCAGCAGCAGCAGCGCUGCAAGGAGCUGCACAGUUGCCUGCAAAUGCAAGUCUUGCUGCCAUGGCAGCAGCAGCAGGACUAAAUCCAGGCUUGAUGGCAUCCUCACAGUUUGCAGCUGGAGGUGCCUUACUCAGUCUCAAUCCAGGGACACUAGGCGGUGCUCUCAGUCCAGCUCUGAUGAGUAACAGUACACUGGCAACUAUUCAAGCUCUUGCAUCUGGUGGCUCUCUUCCAAUAACAUCACUGGAUGCAACUGGGAACUUGGUAUUUGCCAAUGCUGGAGGUACACCAAACAUCGUAACUGCCCCACUGUUCCUGAACCCUCAGAACCUUUCACUGCUCACCAGCAACCCAGUUAGCUUGGUCUCUGCGGCUGCAGCUUCCGCAGGGGCCUCUGGACCAGUUGCCAGCCUUCAUGCCACCUCCACCUCAGCAGAGUCUAUCCAGAACUCUCUCUUCACAGUGGCCUCGGCCAGUGGGGCUGCCUCCACCACUACUACUGCCUCCAAGGCGCAGUGAGUUGGACUGAGCUGUGCUACCGCUAGCCUAUUUUACUCUGCAGUGAGAUUGGCUGCCAGCUGGGUUUGUAAACUGCAAAAUGUGAUUGGUUUCCUCUCGCCAUGUUGCUGGGGACAAGGGAGAGAAGGAAAAAUACAAAAAAACAAGAAGAAGGAUUUAAAACUGGGACAAACAUUUGCCUAAUUUUAUAAUAAACACUGUCUUUUCAGGAUUGCUUCAUUGACUGGAGAACUUUCUAACCAAAAAUAUAAAAAACAAAAAAGGACUACUUAUCAUUUCCAGCAGUCUCAAUGACAAGUUAAGGUGGGAUAUCAACUCAAACAUAGGAACAGGAUUUCUUCUUUCUUUAUGAUCUAAAUAUCUUUUUUUUAAUUAUCAUUUAUUGGUCUGUUGUACAGGCCAUAAUGUCAUACAAGGUGUUUAUAAUCUUAUCAAUCGUGUUGGGGGUUCCUUUCUUAACUGGUACAAUUUAGGCAGGCCUGUAUUACUGAUUUAUCUCUUUAUGAUGAUUAUUAUUAUUUUUAUAUAUAUAUGGACGCAUUUGUCUGCUCCUGGAACAGUUUCAGUGAGCUUCCAUGCCACACAGAGGGAAGAGGGAAGAGAGGGGAGCAUGUGAAUUGUUCUUUAGUUUCCUUUUCCUUGGCGGUAUGUUUUUGAGGAUUCUCUCAGAGGUCUUGGCGGCUAAGUGAACAUACAGAGGGUAAUGUGCAAAGAUAGUCCAUGCUUGUGAGGUGGGGAGUUCUGUUUGGACAGCAAUUUGCUCGGGAUAUUUGGGCCAAAUCUAGCUCUCAUUUGCACGUCUUUGGCUCCUGUUGAUGCCAAAGGAGGAAGGAUUUGGCCUGGAGGAUCUGUCUUCAACACCUGUGCUGGCCGCUCUCUUAUCUCAUAAUUGCAUGGAAAUGGCCACUUUACUACUUUGGGAAUAUUUCUGUUAUUUACUUUCUCAGGAGCUGCCUGUAUUGGUGAUAAUUCAUAUGCAUCCAUUGAACCUUCCUACCAGCUAUUUGGCAUAGGAUUUCUAAACACUGCAUUGGCUCAUCUCUGAGAACAUGUUUUUCUCUUAUCUCCAGUAUGAUUGUAAUGAAAAUGUGUUCAAUUUAAAACAUUUCUAUUCUAGAAGUAAACUGGGUCAUGUGAACAAGUACUGCUUUAUGCCAACACAGCAGUUCUUCCUGCAUUCUAAAUAGUUUGUAGUGUUCUUUGACACUGUCCGCUGCUCUGGAAAAAGGUUGUAAGAAAUUAUCUGAAAGCUGGCCAGCCUGCUGUGGAAAGCGCUGUCUUCCUGGUGAACACUGGCAUGUUGCAUGUGUCUUACUAUAUUUCAUACUAUUUCUGGUAGAUGCUGCUGCUAGCUAGAUCAUUUAUGGCAGUAAUAAACACCUCUGCUAGAGAGGGGAAAACUGUUUCCAAGCAAAGUAACAAGUGGCAUGUGCAAACAGCUGCUGACAAUGGAUGAGAGAGAUUGAGGAGACAGAGAUUAAUUUAAAUGUUAUAAUGGUCUGAACCUCAGUCUUCUCGACUGAGAAGAGAUUGGAUCACUGCAGUGUACUUUGAAUUCUCCUAUCUCUUUUUAAGAUUAAUUGGAAAAUACCUUCAGGGAGGAGGAGCUGCCCAGUGUUUCUUUUCACUAAGCCUGGGAAGUGGGGUAUUGCAGCACUCACGUAAUUAUGUUGCAUUUCCUGCCAAAGGUAAUAUUUUAACCUCUGACCACCUGAUCUCGUAAUGAGAGUAACUUUAUUUGCAAUGCCUUCUCUGGCUGAUGACUCGAAUUCAUGGAGCUGGCAUUACUGCUCAACUGGCAGAAAUCUUUGUCUCUUCUCCACAUCUCAUCAUGCUGUUUGUUCUCUGUUCAUCUCUGAAUCUCCAACUUCCUGUUUCACAAGCUAUUUAAAAAUUAUUCUUCCUAAAACUUUAAAAACUUGUGAACUGUAAGCAGGGAAAUGAUCAAAUGUCCGUCCAUCGUCUUAUGUGUGUUUGAUUUUUUUUAAUGUUUUAUUUUUAAAAAACUAAGCUUGAACCAAAGUCAAUUUCUAGCAAGCUGCUGUACUAAUGGACUAGUUUGUAUAAGUGCAGUUCGGAUGCAGAGAGGUGAUAGAUGCUACUGACAAUUUCUUUUCAUUUUUUAAUUUUAUAUAAAAAUUGCUGCUUGUUUUAAUUUGGGGGGGAGGGUCUUUUGUAUAUCCUUGGGGCAGACAAAAUCUCAACUAAUUUCCGUGGUCUGGUGUGUAAAUAGAAUGGCAAUGGCAGAUGGUUACUACUCCAGCUGUUCCCACAUCCUCCUUAACAGUUAGGCUCAAUCUAAAUACUGUGGUGUGACUGUCUCCAUGAUUUCAGUCUCAGUUUAAAAUUAUAGGGCUAUGAAUAAUACUGUAUGUUAAGACUUUAAGUGGCCCGUAGCAAGAACUUGGAGUAAUCGAAUGUAUGAAAGGAUGGCAGAGGAGAGACAGGUACCCACUAUGUUGGUCUAGAGGCCAUAGAGUUGACUAAUUUCUACCAAAGGAAAUAUGAAUCCCAUGGAUGUUUUUUGUCCAUAUAAAUUAGAUUUAUGUUACUUGUGUUCUUUGGCACACACGUGUACACAUACAGACUUGCAUGUGUAUAUAUUUUAAUUGAUAGAGGAGAUGGUGAUGACUUCUGGACUAUGGCAUUUGUUCACCUAUGAAUUUCAAACAUCAAGAAGAAAGCCCUUCGUAUUUAUGUAAAAAAAAAAACAGAACAUGGUCCUUUAAAUUAUCAUAAAACAUCUCUCCAGGAUUCAGAGAAGUUGUGUGUUCAGUUGGCUAGCUAGAGUUUCUCGUGUUCACUGUUUGUGGUUAGAGGGCAUGGCGAAUCUGGAACAAUAAUGUAGCUCAGAUGAUGGCUUUAAAAAGCUUGCUGUUGUUGUGGCCACAUAAUGUUGAUGUGAGCACCUUUAACCCUUUUUUUCUCUUAGCACCGUGUCAUGUUCAAAGAUGACCAUGCUCCUGGGAGAUUUCAUAGCAAGUUCUUAAGAAAGAAAGACAGAAAGAAAGAAGCACAAAAAAUCCUGAAACUGGAGCGGUUUAGUUGAAUUGUGUUCAUAUUAUUGUCCAUAUUCCAUUCCCCAUAUUGCUCACACCUAAUGCAUUGAUGCUCUCUCAUGAGACUGACUAUAUCUUUCUCCCAACAGCACAGAGAUACCAGGGUCUAAAUGGCUGUCACUAUUUCUUGUUGAUCUUGGCCAUAUAUUUCACAUGACUAUAUUAAUAUGCAUACAUGUACACAUUUUAGAGCAGCCAUCCCCAUCCUGGUGACCUCCAGAUGUUUUGAAGCAUAGCUCCCAUCAGCCCCAGCCAUUUGGGGAAGCCUGUUCUAUGGAUAAUCCUUUUCUGUAAUAUAGCGAUACUUACUUUAGCAAGAAAUCAGAUCCAGACAAUUGGAAAAUCUGCCUGGGAACUUCAUAGUUACAAUAAAUUUUUUAUUAUCACAAAGUUACAAGUUGACAGCCACAGAAGUCAUGAACAUUCUAGUAGUAGGGAAAACCUUCUGGUAGUCACUACAAAGUGCAAUUUCUGUAAUCCAUAACACUGUAUGACUCCUGUGUCCUAAUAUCCAAGUACUGACCACUGUUCCAUUACCCCAUUAGUUGAGAAAUUUGUCCAGCACUCCCAACAUUCUAGAAAAUGUUAAUUUUUAUUUUCAUCUUUUCAUGCAUAGGUCAUUCA